CAGUGGUUCAGGUCCCGAGGUGCCGAGGGCUCGACGCUCAGUCCCAGGCAGGCCCCGACCGCGAGCCGACCCGCCGGCGUCGCGCUGCCGGUCGCGCCCAGGGACCCCGGCCCACCGGAGCCGCGCCGCGCCCCCGACCCAGGCCCCGCAGACGCAGCGCGCUGCCUGCCGCCUCCCGCCCCCUGCGGCCUGCCCCAUGGCUCGGCUCCUGACGGUCACCCUCGGUUGCAUCAGCCUCCUCUACCUGCAGCUCCCCGGAGCGCUGUCCCGCGGCCUGGGCCGGCACCCGCGGCCCGCCCGACCCAGGGAGCCCCCCGCCUGGAUCCUCUCCAGUGGCCUGCGGCUCCGGCACCCUGCACCCCAGCCCAUGGUCUGGAAGCUCCACCAGGCCCCCCAGUCACAGAGGAGCGCCGGCCCAGCCCCCGUCAUGGGCCAGCCUCUCCAGGACCACGGCCGCCGACACUCAGACCCCCCCAGACGUUCCGGACCCCGCCGACCCGGAGUCCAGCUCCUGAGGGUGGGGUGUGUGCUGGGCACCUGCCAGGUGCAGAACCUCAGCCACCGCCUGUGGCAGCUCGUGGGGCAGGCCGGCCGGCGGGACGUGGUCCCCGUGGACCCCGGCAGUCCUCACAGCUAUGGUUGAGGUGGGGCCAGGCCGUAGCCCUGCCCAUCC